AUGGCUGCAUGGUCCAAGUUCUCCAACAUGGCCUCGGCAGUCAGGGGGGCAUCGUGGUUUCGCCCCGUCACCACAUCAUCGAAGCCCUCUGGCACCCCAGAGAGGUCGCGGCUUGUGCCAAUCCUCGCCGCCUCAGCCUGCGUGGCCGCGGGCGCAUUCUACCUGACGAGGCAGGCCAACGCUCGCAUGGACCUGGCACAAGAUGCCAACGUCGAUGUUUCGAGCAAAUCACUUCGCAUCACACUGUCUCCCACGUCCCCUACCCCCAGCGAGGACUCACGCAUCGCCUUCUACGAUACCCUCGAGGCCAACCCGCCCGACGUCUCGACGCUGCCCAUCGAGCACGCGGUGCUCACCUCGGCGCCGUCGGUCCCCCCUCCGCUGACGCGCACGCAUGCGGCGCUCGUCAAGGUGGACCUCACGACGUCGCCCAAGCUCGUGCAGGUGACGAACCAGUACAAGUACGAGGCGUGGACGUUCAACGGGACGGUGCCGGGGCCCUUCAUCCGGGCGCGUGCGGGCGACGUGGUGGAGCUGACUCUCACAAACCGCGACGAGACGGGCAACCCGCACAACAUCGACUCGCACGCCUUCACGGGGCCCGGGGGCGGGGCGGCGCUGACCAACGCGGACGAGGGCGAGGCCAAGACGGCGCGGUUCCGGCUGCUGUGCCCGGGGCUGUACGUGUACCACUGCGCGGCGGCGCCGGUGCCGGUGCACAUUGCCAACGGCAUGUUUGGGCUCAUGUACGUGCAGCCGGCGGACGGGGAAGGCGGAGGCUCUGAUCUCCCGGCGGUGGACCGCGAGUACUACGUGAUGCAGAGCGAGGUGUACCACGAGCCGCCCGAGACGGACGAAGAGACGGGGCGUCCCUCGGGGACGGUCGAGUUCUCGUACCCGCAGGGCCUGCGCGAGGAGCCCAACGCCGUCGUCUUCAACGGGCGCGAGGCGGCGCUGACGCGCGAGGCGCCGCUCAAGGCGCGGACGGGCGAGACGGUGCGCAUCUUCUUCGGCAACGCGGGGCCCAACCUGACGAGCUCGCUGCACGUCAUCGGGAGCCACUUCCGGCGCGUGUACCGCGACGGCGACGUGCUGAGCCCGCCGGGGCGGUUCGUCGGCACCGUCGGCGUGCCGCCGGGGGGCGCCGCCAUCGUGGACCUCAAGGCCGUGGUGCCGGGCACGUACACGCUCGUCGACCACGCCAUCUUCCGGCUCGACAAGGGCGCCGUGGGGUUUCUGAACGUGGCGGGCGAGGCGCGGCCCGACGUGUACGGCAGCGCGGAGCCGCCGGCGCCGUGCGUGGGAUGCAAGCUGCACGCGUGA